CACGUGAACUGACGUUUUCAGCUUUUUCUUCAUUCGUUGCACCACGAUCGGCUUUGCGAGUGGCCCCGUUGUUCAUUUUCCUGUUUGUCGCGUUCCUAGCAGUAACAAUUUCGUACUCGGUGGAAAAAAUUACGUUCUACAGUUGAUCGUUUGGUGCUGUUUCUGAACAAUGAAGCAACUGUUUAUCUUUGCUUUGCUGGUGCUACCAUCGGUUCUACUUAGCGUGGAAAGUGGUUCCCGGUUGAUGGCCACCGCCAUGGAUGUGACUGAGGACGAGUUGGAAGAUGAAUUGGACGUUGAGGUCGAAUCUGAUGAGAUGUCGGUAACGCAUACGGACGAGCCCGAAACGGAGGAUGAACCUGAAACAACCAAGUCCCCCGAUGCCGAUACAUUCCUGCUUUUCACCCGUCCGUUGCACUCGGGAGCUGGCUCUCAGCUUGAUCUGCCAGCUGGAUAUCCGGUGGAAUUUCUGGUUGGAUUCGCCAAUAAGGGAAGCGAUGAUUUCAUCGUUGAAACCGUCGAAGCUUCCUUCCGAUACCCAAUGGAUUUCAACUAUUUCAUCCAGAACUUUUCGGCCAUUGCUUACAACCGUGAGGUCAAACCCGGUCAUGAGGCUACAGUCUCCUAUUCGUUCCUGCCGUCGGAAUCGUUUGCCGGAAGGCCGUUCGGUUUAAACAUUGCCUUGAACUAUCGCGAUGCCAGUGGAAAUCAGUUUUCAGAAGCUGUUUUCAACGAGACCAUCACAAUUACCGAGGUGGACGAGGGUUUGGACGGGGAAACCUUUUUCCUGUACGUUUUCCUAGCUGCUGUUGUGGUUCUGUUGCUGGUUCUGGGCCAGCAAUUCCUCGGAUCAUACGGCAAACGUAAGCGCUCGCCGGCCGUGAGAAAGACCGUCGAAACGGGAACUAGCAAUACUAAGGAUGUGGACUAUGAGUGGAUUCCGGCUGAGACACUGAAAAAGAUUCAGAACUCCCCCAAGGGUAGCAAAGUGUCUCCAAAACAAAGCCCCCGACAGCGAAAGACGAAGCGGGCUACCGGUUCGGACGAUUGAACUGCAUUUACUCAACAAUGAGCGGGAGUAAUGGGAGAGAGGAGGAUUGUUAAGAUAGGAUAGAUGCUGAUCCGUGUGCGAGCCGGAGAGAUGCUCCACUCUCGGGUUAUCUCGGAGAUUAUCGUUGCGCGCUCGAGUGUGUGUGUAUGUGUGUAUGCGCGUGGUCCUUACCUAACAAAACAACUAUCAUCAAAUCACAUGGAAGAUAAAUCGGAAUCGUUUUGAUAACCUUAAGAUAAUGUUUUCUAACCGAUUCGUUAGCAGCGCAUUUGUUUUCUAUUUUUCACUUAUGUUCGUACGUAAAAAUCAUGUCAAGAUACGGAAGUUUUUUUGGUGUGAGAAAGAGACUGCGGUGUUUGUCUGCUGGGGAAGCAAACAGCGAUCAGCGCGUGCAGAUCAUAUCCUUAGCGCAAGCACAAAACUUCCCCGAUCGAGACUUCCUAAGCGAUGGUUUUCAUCGUCAGUUAACAUAUUUUUUGGGUUAAGUUAUUUUACACAAGAUGAUGCCGUGAAGAAAAUACUGAAAACAGUUGAA